AUGUACAUUGGUGGUAGUAAAUCCGAACAGAACCAUGAUGCAAACCGUCGUCCUCCUUCUCUGUGUGGCAAUUAUGGAGGUUCAGGAUACACAAUAAGAGUAGGAAACACUAACCGAAACAACGGUGAAAGAUAUCAAGUUAGAAGAGUAAUUAAUCAUGCAAAUUACAAUGAUGGCAGCGGGACAAUUGCCAACGACAUAUCCUUGAUAGAGUUGAGUUCAUCACUGGCAUUUGGUUCAACAGUUGCACCAAUAUCCCUCCCACCUGCAGGACAACUAUUCGAGAGUGCAUCUUGUGUAAUCACUGGAUGGGGAAGAACAUGUGGAACAUGUGGUUUACCAACUAUCCUACAGAAACUUAACACACUGGCCCUUCGUAAUACCGAGUGUGCAAAUUACAUGUCACCAAUAAGUGGAGUGAACCUCAUGUCAAGUCAUAUCUGUGUUCACAACCAAAACAGCAACCCCCAGGACGGUGCCUGUAACGGUGACAGUGGUGGUCCCAUGACAUGUACAGUAAGUGGUCAGACGUACGUGGCUGGUGUGACAUCUUGGGUUAUAUCUUCUCAGUCUACAGGAUGUCUGCCUGAUUACCCUAGUGUGUAUACACGGCAUUAG